UCGUUGAACGGGUUGCUCUGCCGCUGCUCUCUCCAUCGCUCUCGCUUCGUCUUUCUCUCCCACCAUCACCUCAACAAUUCCACUGCUGGUAGGAAGCCGAGACCUAUUAUAUACAUAUGAUGCCAGCCUAUACUCCCUUACAAGCACGACCGAGCGAUCGACCCCGGACACCAUCGAAUCGGCCCGCCAGCCGGGCCGGGAGUGUGAGCCGCCCAGGAACAUCACACUCGACGCAUUCCUCCCACGAAAAUGACCAGCCUUCGACUUCAACUCCGUCGUCAUCGUCGUUGGCGUCGGCAUUGCCGGACUAUACUCUAGGAGAUUGCCUCGGGAAGGGAGCGUUCGGAUCGGUUUAUCGGGCACUCAAUUGGGGAACUGGGCAGACGGUUGCGGUGAAACAAGUGCGACUGUCGGACUUGCCGAAAAGUGAACUGCGUGUGAUUAUGCUCGAGAUCGAUCUACUCAAGAACCUUAAUCAUCAGAACAUUGUGCAAUACCAUGGUUACUCGAAAACGGCGGAUUCUCUCUACAUUAUUUUGGAGUACUGCGAAAAUGGCUCCCUCCACAGCAUUUGUAAGAACUUUGGAAAGUUCCCCGAGAACCUGGUGGGAAUCUACUUGACGCAGGUCCUACACGGCUUGCUGUACCUGCACGAUCAGGGUGUUAUCCACCGUGAUAUCAAAGGUGCAAAUAUCUUGACUACGAAAGAGGGGCUGGUGAAAUUAGCGGACUUCGGUGUUGCUACGAGGGCUACCGGACUCAGCGACUCUUCGGUUGUCGGAACGCCGUACUGGAUGGCUCCCGAGGUAAUCGAGCUUGCGGGAGCGUCCACGGCAUCUGAUAUCUGGAGUGUAGGAUGUACAGUCAUAGAACUUCUUGAGGGUAAACCGCCGUACUACAAGCUGGCGUCCAUGCAAGCAUUGUUCCGAAUAGUCAAUGAUGACCAUCCGCCAUUACCGGAAGGUGUAUCGCCGGCUUGUCGGGAUUUCUUGAUGCAGUGCUUCCAGAAAGAUCCAAAUCUUCGCGUCUCCGCACGGAAACUACUCAAACAUCCGUGGAUAGUCAAUGCAAAGAGAAUCGAUUCAGUUGUGCGGGCUUCCUCUACAACGAAUUACGAUGAAGCAGUGAAGAGUGUCCAGAAAUGGAACGAGGCAUUGAGAUCGCCAAAUACUAGCUCGUCAAAGAGACCACCCAGGCAAUCCAUAAGUCCCAGCCAACGGCGACUUGGUGGCGAGUUCUCGUCAGCCCCCGGCAAGGGCCCUUUGGCUCUCCCAAGGUCACGGCCCAACACGGAAGCUUUUAUGUCCCCUGAAUCCGCAGACGAUGACGACAAUUGGGACGAUGAUUUUGCGUCUGUGUCUGUUAUCUCUCCGAGUAUCCUCCAGUUCCCUCGCAAGCCAGCAAUGCAGCCUCGGGUUAGGUCCUUAGCGUCUGCCGAACGGCUUAAAUCUUUCGCAACGAAUGAUGGGGCGAACGAGAGCUGGGACGAUAACUUUGAAGGCGACCUAACCGUCAGAUGUGGGACGGCCAAUCCUCCGCGGAGUCCGCUUAAGAAAGCCUUUGAGGAGGACGAUCCAAUGCAGACAAUACGACCAUACUCGCAGCCACGCCGGCAAAGCGAACCCGAACACGGCAUUGAUAUUCCAGACUUACCGAUCUCGAGAAAUUCUGGUUCUUUCCCCACGCCGGAGGGAUCUCCGCCGAAGCAUAGGGUCCUGAAGCAGAAGAAGAAGUUCAUCUUGCCUUCCACGCGGACCGUAUCAGCAAUACAACGUCCGUCGUCAGCAUUCCGGGAGGACGCCUUUGAGGACUACUCGGAUUUCUCAUUCAAUGAGUCUUCUUUUGAAAAGAAGGUGGAUCUGAUGAUGAAGGAUGCAUCGCUCAGUCCUCGACUGUUUCACCCAUCCGACCUCAAAAACAGCUUGCCGCGCUCAACCACAUCCUCACAAAACGGAGGAAGCUUGAGACGAUUACCGGCAGCGUUUGGAGAUACGGAGAAGGAGACACACAGGAUGCGGAGGACACGGUCAACACUGGAGAUUCAACGGUUUGCGGAAACAGACGGGGAAGAGGACUAUUCGGAUAUCUUUGGGGGAGAUGAAGGCAAUACGGAUGAAGCGGCCUCGGAAACCAGCGGCGGCGACGACCAGAAGAGUUUGAUGCUCAACAGCAAACUCUCGAACAAUUCGUGGCUGGGGGAUGAAGCGGAUGAGGACGACCCAUUUGCGGAGUUGGAGGAGGGGUUCGACGAGAUGGACUUGGACGCAAAUAUCGCGAGAGACAAGUACGCGAGAUUGUGCUCACAAAUCGAUAGUCUUGUUAGCUCCCUGAAGACCACCCAAGUGGAGGAGGACCUCGAGGAAAUAUCUUCACAACUCAUGGAAAUCUUGUUGGAUUCGCCCGAGACUAAGGAUAAUGUCAUCAGUGCCCACGGAAUGCUGCCGAUUCUGGAGGUGCUCGAGACGUGCCAGACCGCAGACGUUAUCCUGAAGCUUCUCAAGAUUGUCAAUGCUCUCAUAUUCGACGACGUUGAGGUGCAAGAGAAUCUGUGUUUCGUAGGCGGAAUUCCCAUCAUCACCAAAUUUGCUUCGAAGAAGUACCAUCCACACAUCCGACUGGAGGCCGCAGCUUUCGUACGCCAGAUGUACCAGACUUCGAUCCUCACGCUGCAAAUGUUUGUCAGUUGCGGUGGAUUGAAUGUUCUGGUGGAAUUUUUGGAGGAGGACUACGAGGCCCAGAAAGACCUUGUACUGAUCGGUGUCAAUGGGAUAUGGAGUGUUUUCGAAAUGCAAGGCCCCACUCCGAAGAAUGACUUUUGUCGAAUAUUCUCGAGGAGUUCAGUUCUGCAGCCCCUCUCGAUCGUGCUGAGCCAUCUGCUCGACGAGGAUGGAGAACUGUCGGACCUGUGUGUCGAGCGCGUUGUCAAUAUCUUCUACCUCUUUUCGCAGGCGGAAAAUCAUGUCAAGGAGAUGGUUGCUGAUCGCAUUGUUCUGAAGCGAGUGCUGAAGGAUCUGGAACGAAUGGCUCCUGCUCACCAGGUGGUCAUGCUCAAGUUCAUCAAGAACCUCUCCAUGCUGUCGUCAACGCUAGAAACAUUACAGAACUCGAAUGCGAUCGAAGUUCUAACAGAACUACUGGACAGAAGCCGGACGGCAGCACACUUCAAGGAGAUUUCGAACCAGGUAUUAAAUACCAUGUACAACCUUUGUAGGCUUAGCAAGUCCCGGCAAGAAGAGGCUGCUAUGAAUGGAAUCAUUCCAGUCUUGCAGAGUAUUGUCCAGACAGAACGGCCGCUCAAGGAGUUUGCACUUCCUAUUCUGUGCGACAUGGCGCAUUCCGGAAAGAGGUGCCGCAGACUGCUGUGGCAGAACAAGGGAUUGGAGUUCUACAUUUCCCUCCUUUUGGAUCCGUACUGGCAGGUUACUGCUCUCGAUGCUAUCUUUGUGUGGCUACAAGAGGAGACCGCACGGGUGGAAGAGAAGCUUCAGAGCCCGUCGUCCAUCGAUGCGCUUGUGAGGUGCUUUACCACGUCGAAGACAAACGCCUUUGAGAAUACUCUCGAGCCCCUGCAGAAACUCCUCCGUCUAAGCCCACCGAUCGCCCACGCCGUCGGCCGCCGCGAGUUCUUUGCUCGCAUCGUCCAGAAGCUCGGCCACAACAAGGCUGUGGUCCGACUCAACCUCCUUAAAAUCCUGACCACUAUCUGCGACGCCAGCGAGCAGAAAGAGGCAUUAAUCCGAGAAUACGGCAUGUACCCGAUCGUGCACCGCGUCUCCGAGCGCGACCCCGCAGUGCUAGUCCGCAACAUGGCUAGCGAGCUCGUCAAAGCCUGCAACGAGCGUGCCAAGGGCCACAGCAUCCACCUCCCCCGCCGCCGGCAAUCCCACGCCUCGGGCGUCGGCAGCAGUGUCCCUUCAGCAUCCGCCGUACAGAGCAACCGCCGCCAUGUCUCCAACCUGUGGGACACCAAUGCAUCACUCGACAUGGCACUCGGGCGUCCAGGAAGCACACGUAGCAACCGCAGCAACAGCAGCAGCGGUCUCAACAGCGUAUCCUCCGCCUCCUCCGCGGGAUCUAGAACACCUCAGCCAGGCACGCCCCAGAUCUCGCGGCUACGCCUGAGGAAUAGCCACAGCGUGCUCGGCCUUCGCCACUCCUCGAGCGGAAGCGGGGUGCUCCCUUCAUCGCCGCUGCAAACCGCUAGCAGCAGCAGCAGCCUCGACACCACCAGCAACGGCCUGAGCCAUAGCCCCAGUUCGGGCGGCGUCAACGGACGGUACCGCGCUGCUAACAAUUACGUGCCGAGAAGGCACCGGGUUAGUGCCGCCGCCGCAGCGAUUAAUAGUGCUACUGCUGGGCAAGAACUGAACCUGAAGGACUGGGCGGAACGAUGAAGACACUGUCUUUGCUUCAAGUUGGCUUUGGGAGGGGGUUGUUUAUCGGACUGGUCUGGCAUGAACAGAUGGCAGGACGAAAGAGGCGGGGGUGAGAUGGGAUGAGUGUGCUACUCUUGUAUACGCUUCACCUUUUCUUUUCUUUUUCUUUCUCUAUAUCCUCAUUACUGUGUGUUUCCU